AUGCGUUCGAUUAUCUUGCUAGGUGCUCUUAUCGGGCUGGCCAUGGCGGCACCAAGUGCGUCUAUUCCGACGGAGAACGGCAAGCGGGAAUGGCUCGACGGCUACGGUGGUGGUAGUGGAGACAGAUAUGGUGGUGGCGGUGGUAGUGAUCGCUACGGCCAAGUUAAGCGGGAAUGGCUUGACAGCUACGGUGGUGGCAGCGGAGACAGAUAUGGUGGUGGCGGUGGUAGUGAUCGCUACGGUCAAGUUAAGCGGGAAUAA